ACUUGGUAUAUAUCAUUAUUACCCCCAGGAAUAACAGUAUAUAAAGGACAUCCCCAUAGCCUUUUCUCACAACACCACAAAUACCACACAUCAUAAUACAUUCUCCUUAAAGCUCUCUUCUUCCCCUUUGCAGUUUUUUGUAUUUACUUUGUCCUAUAACCAAACAAAAGAAAAGAAAAUCAAAGCUAAUGGCCACUAAAACAAAUCUUGUUUUCAACAUUCUUUGGCAGCUGCCUUUCAUGUUUAUGCUACUAUCAUGUCAUCAUGACAUGAACUUGGCUUAUGCUGCAGGUGGUGGCAAGUGGGAUCUACUUAUGUCCAACAUUGGCAUCUCAGCCAUGCACAUGCAACUCCUCAACAACGAUAGAGUUGUCAUGUACGAUCGUACUGACUUUGGUGCAUCCAACAUCUCCUUGCCCGAUGGCAAAUGUCGUAACAACCCUAAUGACCUAGCCUUGAAAGUCGAUUGCACUGCCCACUCUGUUGAAUACGACGUGUCCACUAACUCGAUACGACCCCUCAUGGUCCAGACGGAUGUGUGGUGCUCCUCAGGCUCUGCUACAUCUGAUGGUACUUUGGUCCAAACUGGUGGAUUCAACGAUGGUAAAGUUAUGGUGAGGAAUUUCAAACCAUGUGCCACUUGUGACUGGCAGGAAUUAGGUAAUGGCCUAAUUCAAAGUCGAUGGUAUUCAGCCAAUCAUCUUCUUCCUGAUGGAAGGCAAAUUAUCGUAGGUGGACGUGAUGCUUUUAACUACGAGUUUUAUCCAAAGACUGCCUCAACCAACAACGUAUUUAGUCUGCCCUUUCUUCAGCAGACUAAUGUUCCUAGGGAGGAAAACAAUCUAUACCCCUUUGUUUUUCUCAAUGUGGAUGGGAAUUUAUUCAUUUUCGCCAAUGAUCGAGCUAUCUUGCUCGAUUACACGACAAACACGGUAGUGAAAACGUACCCGCAAAUACCUGGUGGCAAUCCAAGAAAUUAUCCAAGUACGGGCUCUGCAGUUCUUCUUCCCUUAAAGAACUUGCGGUCAGAAAAAGUUGAAGCUGAGGUUUUGGUGUGUGGUGGAGCCCCAAAAGGCUCAUACCCAAGAGCAGCAAAAGGUGACUUUGUGGGUGCGUUAAACACAUGCGGGCGAAUUACAAUUACGGACCCGAAUCCACAAUGGACCAUGGAGACCAUGCCACUACCUCGAACAAUGGGUGACAUGGUAAUUUUACCCGACGGUAACGUCUUGAUCAUCAAUGGAGCCGCCUCGGGCACUGCUGGAUGGCAAAUUGCUAGGAACCCGGUGUUGAGUCCAGUGAUUUACCGACCUGAUAACCCAUCUGGUUCUAGAUUCGAGGUACAAAACCCGAAUACCACACCAAGAAUGUAUCAUUCAACGGCAGUUCUGCUCCGAGAUGGUCGUGUUCUUGUUGGUGGUAGCAAUCCAAAUGAGCUCUACAAUUUCACUGGAGUUCUUUUCCCGACAGAUUUAAGUUUGGAGGCAUUCUCACCGUCCUACUUGGAUUCGCAAUCUACUAAUCUACGACCGCAAAUCAUUUCUCCCGAUUCCCAUCUUAAAUACGCAUACGGGCAACGUGUUGACAUCCAAUUUACUUCCUCUGGAUUACUAAAUCGAGAUUUGAUUAAAGUAACAAUGAUUGCACCUGGUUUUAACACACAUUCGAAUACUAUGAAUCAAAGAAUGUUGGUACUUCCAAGAGGAAUUGUAAGACAAGUUGGAAAAUCAGUGUAUGAAGUGAGCUGUGCAUUUCCAAAAUCAGGUAAAUUAGCACCACCUGGUUACUAUCUUCUAUUUGUGGUUCAUCAGGACAUACCAAGUGAGGGAAUUUGGGUCAGGGUCAAUUAAUUAACCACAUUUGACUCUACAAAUUAUAUUUUUUUUCAGAAUUUACUUUUACUUCCAACCAAUUGUGUAUGUGAAGACUUGUUUUGUUAUUUACAAUUUGGAAUUUUUAUAACAUAUGGUCA